AUGGCUUCGGCAGCUUCUCGGGGCCUCGGGGAGCCCCCAGACCGCCUGUGGGUGCGGAGGCCUGGCAUCUACGAGGACGAGGUUGGGAGGACCUGGGUGACAGUGGUCGUGCGCCUCGGUCCUUCCCUCCGCGCUCUGGGCAGGGGUUCCCCAGGCAGCACACACGAGCCCCGCGUCACAGUCCACAUGUGGCAGAUAGCAGUGCACCCACAGGAGCCCAUGUCCCCCAGCCAGCUGCCCCUGUCCCAGCUGCCCCUGAUGUGGCAGCUCUACCCUGGGAGAAGGUACCGAGCCACAGACUCCAGGCUCUGGGAAAUAGUGGACCACGGCCAGGUCUACACCACGGAGCAGCUGAUCCUGUCGCAGCAGCCCGUGGGGAAUGAUUGA